AUGUGGAUGAACGCCCGAAUGCAACAGAAGGAGAUGUUCGAUCAGGACCUUCUGCAAUCUAUCUACGAGAAGUCUGGCCAGAGAGUGCGCAACCGGACUGCGGUGUUCGGGGGCGGCCUGAUGGGCAUUCUGUCCAUGCCCUUCGGGCCCAUCGGUAUGGCUGCUGGCGCACUCUUCGGAGCUCUGGCACCUCGGCAGCCGUGUCGGUAUGCUCAUUGGGCCUUGGCCCUACAAAGCUUCUCCGCCUCUGCAGAGCUGAUGAGCAUUCCUAAUGUGUACGCUGGUCUGCAGAGCGAUUUGCAGAUGAGGCCCACGGAGCUGAUGCAAGAGUCAAUGCCUCCAACAAUGGCAACAGACAACACAGUGCCAGGUGGCACACACAAGGCGAACGCUUUGAAGCGCUUGAAGAGAGACCCUUCAUUCAUCUUCAUUCGGGCUUUGACGAAGAACCAGGAGUCCAUGCGAUUGGUGCAGCCCAGCAGUGUUGAGCGUGGCAUUGUGUUUGUUGCUAUUGUUGGCGAUGUUGUCGUCUUGGAGUUCAAACCCAUAGCCGACAUAGCUGCGGCCUCCAAAAAUGAGGCGAACCCUCAAACUCUUGGAUUCCUGGGCAGCCCGCAGAAGCAUGAUGCGUCAGCUGUGGGUGGAUGCCUGAGAUCUGUCACGGUUGCCACCUGUCAGUGCGAAAUCCGUUAUCCUGAUCCUUACCUCUACAGCGGCAAGGCUAAGGCCACAUCGCUCUACAACCCUCCUGUCGAGCUGCCAUCCUCGAGUGCCAGCAACUUCUUUGAGGAGGCAUCGGCAGGAGAACCAGAAGAGAUGGAAACACGCCGCAAAUUCAACAAGUUCUGCACCCGAGCCAAAGACGGCGCUGAACCGCAGCACUUCCUGUCGUUUGACAACUUUGUUUCCCUACUGGCCCACUAUGAAGCAGCAUCGCCCUCAGCGGUGUCAUCCUAUUUCUACGCGGUGGACCGCAAACGUGACAACAUGAUUGACUUUGAUGAGUUCUUCCUUGGUGCGGUUGCUGGAGAUCCAACGACAGUGCACAUCCUCAAUUCCUUCACCGGAAGACCCUUGGAGGGAGAAAGGGCGCAAUUCACAUUCGACUUUUACGACACAAAUCACUCUGGCUUCCUAGAGCUUGAGGAGUUCGAGAAGAUUGAUGCUCGCCCGCAACUAGUCAGAGAUUGUGCUCUGGCCCAGCUGGCCCCAUCGACGUCCAGAUUUCAUGCACUUGAGAAAGCAGAUGAGCUGGGCCUCAUAGACAGGAAAGACGGUAGCUUCAUACCUCCAGACAAGAACAAAUUCUAUGAGUUCAUCAUGACGGAACGCUUACGUGGCACUUCUCGGCUCUUCCGCUUUCAGAAGACGCUGAUAAGACCACACAAUCGGAACACGAGACGUGGGCACCCGCCUAGCGCCAACGAAGUGCCGGCGGAGGCCAAUACUACGUCUGUGCAGCCGCUACCACGCUCGGAGCGCGGCCAUCGCGGCGAGCGUGCAGAUGGUGCUGAGCGGCAGCCAAGAGAGGGCUUCGAGCUUCCAAUCCUAGAGGCCAAGCUCCGCUUCCCCGAGGCCAAAGAGGACCCCAUACCAGACAUGACGACCGAAGAGCCGGGCAGCGAACAGGAUUCUGAGAUGAGCCCGUACAAACUGGGCCGCGAAAGCGACGCCCCCAGCCCAAGCGAGACGAAGGACGUGUCGGCACUUCCGCCCUACGACACCUACCUGCCACCCGCACCUCCUUGCCAAAUCACCUUGGACACUGAUCUCGGUGUUGCCGAUGCCGUGAUCGUGGCGCAGCGCGUUGUGGAGACACUCAGAGUGGAGGACUUUCCAGGUCUCGUACCCCCGCCGGACGGAAGCUUUGCGCUUUUGACCUCGUUUGAGCUCAUCGGGCUCUGCAAUGCAAUUCGGCCCAUUCUCCAGGAAGAAGAGAUGAUCAUCCCCAAUGUGACAGAGCCCGUCAAAGUCUUUGGUUCGCUUCAUGGGCAGCUCACCGAUCUCCUGUCCUGGUUUAAGUGGCAUAAGCCACCCUCGGAUGAGCACAUGACAGGCGAUCUCCUGUAUGUGAACUAUGUUUUCCUGGGCGACUAUGCAGACCGUGGGGGCUAUGGAUUGGAGGUCAUUUCGAUCCUCUUCUCCCUGAAGGUGUUGUUUCCCGACAGAGUCUGCUUGCUUCGGGGUCACCAUGAGAACCGGCACGUGAAUUACCACCUCGGUCUCCGGCAGGAAUGCGAGAAACGUCUUGGGGCACAAGGCCUUGAAGUCUUCGAGCACUUGAACAACGCGUUCGAGUAUCUCUCCCUGGCUGCGACGACUCGAGGCCAGUAUCUGGCGAUGGGACCAGGGGUUGUUCCUGCAUCGCUCUCGCGUCUAGAACAUCUCAAGCGCUUCAAAAAGCCCCUGACGCUGCCGCACCCGUCGCUGGCUUUCGGAGGCGAAGACGAGACUGACGAGAAGAUCUUGUUAGAGCUCUUCAUACCGGCAUCGCUGCUGUCUCGGGAGAUGGGCAAGAGUAGCGUGCUGACCGGCAAGCAGCUGAGGGCCUUCUGUGCUGUUCACAAGCUCUGGGGCAUACUGCUCAGCCGGGAGAUAGUGCCGCAUGGCCACUUGCAAGAGGACUGCGUCAUAAGGGUUUGUUCGUGCCUCAACUACUGCGAUCUGCCCUUGGGGAACCUGGCCUCCAUCCUGUACAUCACGGACGAGGACUCGAAUGUCACGGUGAGACCGAAGGUUCUGACCACCUACCUCGACAAGCAGUACUGCUAUCUCUCAGACUACACCAGCCCGACGGUGCCCCGACGGAACAGCUCGCCAAGCCGCUGGCCUAAGCAGGUACGGGCACCCACUCCGGACCGCAUUAUGGCCCCGGAAGAAGCAGUGGGGCACUCAGGGCCGAGCGCCACGAAAAGAGUCCAGAUGAGGACGAUGGCCUCUUCCUCUUUCCCGCGUACAAGGCCUGUGCGCCGAAACGGGCGCGCCCUGGAUCAACGAUACCUGAUGGCCGACGGCCAGCUCCAGGCAACCUGUGGGCAGGUCCUUCAGACGCUCCUGGUCAUGUACCGUUGCGCUUCACGGGUCUUGGCAGAGCCAGAGGAGAACUUUGUCCUUCGAGUGGAACGGCUGUUGGAUAAUGAGCUGGUCAGGUUUGUGAUCUCGCAGCAGCAACAGCUGUCCUCAAACAACCAGGGUGCAGUCCUGGCAGAAAGCAUGAUCUUCGCGGAUGCUCGGAAAGGAAAACGUAGCAAAUCAAAGGGCACUCUCCCGGAGAGGGAGCUCCACGCUCAGAUCGAGGAGGACUCCGAUCAUGAAGACAUGGACGUUCUCUCCAAUCCUGGUGUUCGCCCAGGCAACUGGUCCAGCGAAAUGUCUCGCACUUCCAGUGGCGACUCUUACGAGAAGAAGAGGACCGAGGAAGCGCAGCGCGUGCUGAAGGCUCCUUUCUUCAAGUCCUGGGAGGACUUCAUGGAGUUCGACAACAACUACAAGCACAAGAUCCCAAUCACGCAAAGUGAUUUCUCGCUACUGCUCGAGAAGGAGUCGCAGGGAAUGCAAGGUUGGGAUAUGUGCGUCGAUCGCAAGGAGAUCAAGGUUGCCAAGACUCUUCAGUCGGAUGGCAGCGGCUGCAUUUUCCUACGAGCGUGGUCCUCCCUGCCUGAUGUCGACUUGCCGGUCGUCUUCCACAUGUUUUACAAGUGCGAAAAGCGCAUGGAGUGGGACCGAGCGUUCUUCGAGAUGAAAACCCUUGACCAAAUAGAGGGAUCGGACAUCCUGUACAGCGUGUUGCGGGUGCCGGCAUGUACGCCCCGUGACUACGUGCAGUACCGGCGGGUCAAGGUCUUGGAGGAUGGCACUGUCCUCAUCAGUCUGCGCUCAGCCAACCACCCUGAUAUGCCUGAGAAGAGUGGGUACAUCCGUGCAGAGUCCUUCACCUCUGGUUACGUCAUGCGCCGGUACAAUGAUGGGAAGGAGAAGGGCACCAAAGUCUUUUUGAUGACGUGCACCGAUGUAAAGGGCAUCAUCCCAAAAUGGAUGAUUAACUUCGUGGCUCCGCGGAAGCCGGGCGAGUGGAUUGACUGCCUGAAGAAGGCGUGCCUGGACUAUCAAGCAGCCAAUCCAGACUAUCCGGCCCUUGAAGAGGAGCUGGAGCCAUUCAAGCAAAAUCAUCCUUUCGACUACGAGGACUUGUUCGGGCUCAUGAUGAUGCCAUUUUGCAGUUGUCAAAAAAGACUUGAGUGA